AGCCACGUGGCGCUGAUCAGCACUGCUCCAAAUCAAAACUUUGGGUUAACUGCAACCAGACUUCAACGUCCGCAAGGCCACCGAUACCUACCUCUUGCAUCUAUACCACCAUCAUCGUCUACUCCGGCUACUGGGGAGUCAAACGCAAAUGGCAGUCCUGUCCUUACCUCUAAGUUUCAACAACUCGUUCUGGACACAAGAUUACCGUAAAGGUGUAGAAGUUCUUUUUCAAAAACUCGAGCAAGGAACGGUCGAAAAUGACGAAGUCAUCGCGUUUAUACAGGCGCGAGCUGAGGCUGAAAGCCAAUUAGCUGAGGCAUUGCACAAAACUGCACUCACUGGCACUACAGGAGCUGGAUUCGCUGCCGACGAUGGUGCAUCUUUGUUAAUGGCAUUCCGUGGUCUUCAAAUAGAAUCCACUGCCCAAGCUAAAUUACACCAGAAUAUGGCUAAAGAGCUCAGCAGUCUAGUAGCUGAUCCAUUCGCUGAAUGGGCCAAGGGCUACAAGGAUCGCAUUGUGCAAAGCAAGGGUGUUGUUCUCAACCAAUGGCUCUACAACUACGAACACCAUAUCGGCGACGUCGCUAAACUUAAACAUCAGUACCUGGCAAAGGUUAGGAAAGCAGACGAAGCUGAAGACGAUGCAAAGUUUGCUCCGAACUCAGGCGGCAACGAUCACUAUACAACCUCCCCUCGACUCCGACCAAUUGACGCUCGCUCACCUCCUCAGCGGACAUCGAGUGUUUCGGAGCGGAUCGCUGCGCGUUUAAAGGACAUCCAGAAGAAGAGCUCUAGCGCAUUUUCAACGAAACCUGAAACCGCUUCCCUUCUCUCAUCAGAGUCAGAUGCCCCAGACGAAACACCCAAAGUUGACAAGGGCAAAGGAAAGGCAGUGAUAUUCGAAGCUUCCCCAAUGCAACUUAAUUCCCCUCUUCCCAUGUCACCUCCAUUGCCACCCAGAGUAGAUGCCUCUCCGGUACCGCCGAUGCCCGCUGAGCCUGUUCUCCUAGCCGGGCUUUCACUUCCACCUGCUGCUAUCUCUCAGCUUUUGACCAGGGCCGCUAGUGAACUCAAUCUUAGGCCGGUACGAUUCCCUUUGUUGGGAGAGUACAAAGACUGUUUCACUGGAGAGGAAUUCGUGGCAUGGUUGAAAGAUAAUGUCCAAGGUCUUGGGGGAAGUCUUGACCGCGCCGAACAAGCUGCUAAAGAUCUCACGGAAAGGGACGGGCUUUUGCGACGGAUCGGUGAAUUGGGAAAUGACUUUGAGCAUUCGGAAGAAGCUUUCUAUCAGUUUAGGCCCAAGGCCUUUGAGCUUCCCGAUAAGAGUACAGAUACCACAUCUCCCAUCAAGCUUCAACCAGAUGAACUGCUCAAGCGUACCAACACAAUCUUCAAUGCGGUUAGCAAAGCGCUUCAGACAAACCAGUCUUCGGAACCUACGCACAUGAAAGCCCGACAUGAGGCUGAAGAUGCGGAUAAAGCCUAUCGUGUCGCAGUUCGUCAACUCGACCGGCAACGACUGGGUUUAGAAGAAAGGCUCGAGGACACUUUGAAAACGCUGCAGCGAUGGGAAUUUGAGAGACUUCGUGCCGUCAAAACGGUACUCCUUCAAUACCAAGGUACACUUGCGAAUCUUCCCAAGUCCCUCGAGCCUGUCAUCGAGCGCCAAGGACUCUUGAUUGCUGCUUUCCAACCCGAAAACGAUCUCAACGCUCUCAUUGAGCGUUAUCGUACCGGUCCGUUCAGGCCUGACGCUCAAGUGUACGAGUCGGUUGCGCACGAUGAAUCAGAUGUAGUUUUUGGCAUCGACUUGAGAAAAUGGUCUGAAGGCGGCUGGAGUAUGCUGAUGUCUCCGAAUGAAGAACACAAGGAGACCAUUCCGCCGGUUGUAGAAGCAUUGUUGAACGCUAUAACUGCUGCUUACGACAAGCUUCCGAACGAUGCAGAGAAACGCAAGUCGUGGAUCUACGAAGUUCCUUUGCCUGCGGUGCAUCACCUUCGCGAAGUUCUCAAUGCGGUACCACCAGAUCAGCCUAUCAGGCCGGAGAUUUUUGAGCCUUUUGACGCUCCUGUCAUUGCUGCUACUCUAAAAUUGUGGUUACUUGAGCUUGACCCUCCGCUCGGGCUUUAUGAAUUCUGGGACGACUAUCGGAAAUUGUAUCCCACAAUGGGCGCAACCCUUGUGGUAAAACCUGAAGGCGAAGACACUAAGGAGGAAAAGAUCAAAGAACUGGGUACUAUGCUUCAACGUCUUCCACGAGUGCAUCUGUAUGUUCUUGACGCAAUUGUUAGUCACUUGAAGAAACUUGUCGAAAACACGAAAGUCGAGGAGAGUGAUGAAGUUUAUAUCACUAAACUUGCUCUUUCUAUCGGUCGCACUGUUGUUCGUCCCAAGUUCGAGACCGAACUCACAAUCCAAGAUCGUCACCCUACGUUGCUGUUCCUUGACCUCAUGAAAGAUUACGAGGCCAUCCUUCCCCCUACCAUCGCUCGCAAAAAGCGUGAAUCCGAGCGCAAAAUACCCCUUCGGAAACGUACGGCUCCGAUGGACAUGAGGAUCCACCGAAGCAGACUUUCAACUGGAAUAGAUGCAAAACAGCUACUGGCUGCUCAGCACGCCGCUCAAGGUAGAACUAAGUCACCACCGCCUGUUCCUCCAAUGCCAUCAAUGACAUCGAUACCGGCUCCUCCUCCAAUUCUUUCCCCUCAACCUAUGCCGCCUCCACCUCCACUCCCUCAAGCAGUAUCUCCUCCAGCUCCAGCUCCUCCGCCUGCUGCUGAAUCUUUGGAGGAUUUGGCACCUCCGACGAUACCUCCUCCGCCUCCGCUUACCUCAACUCCCGCAAUCGAUGAUGUCCCCCCAAGGCCUUCAUUCAAAACGCCUCCUCCCGAAGACGAAGAUCUUCCCCCUCGUCCGGCAUUCAAAGAGCCGUCCCCGGAACCGGAAGAGCUUGAAACUCCACCCCGACCACAUUUCGCUGAGCCAUCAGCAGAACCUACUCCUGAUGCUCCGCCAAUCCCAUCUCCCCCCGCUGUAUCACCUCCUACUCCACAACCUGUGAGGGCAACAGAAGUCAAACGAUCUUCCCGAAUCACUUCCCGUAGCCCCUCCCCCGCAGAUCAGAGUUUAAGCUCUGUCAAGAGUACGAUCUCGAGGUCUUCCUCGGGUGGAGUGCGUGGUCCAAGGAUGACAAGAGGUCCUCGGGCUCCUGGCGGGCCAAAUAGAAAUAGCAUUGGUAGUGGCGCUGGCUCACCGCCGAGCGGUGUUUCGCCUACGAGUCCUAGCUAUAAGCGUCUCUCGGGUGGAAGUGGAAGUCGGCCAUCAAGUGUGCUAGGCAGGUCAUCAGCGUUCUCGAGGAGGACAAUGGCAAGUGAUGCUGAAGAUGAGGUUGUUGGGUAAUGUUCACGAUUGCGAUCACUGAAUUGAUGCGGACUCGGAUUUGUUCGAUGCUCAACAUAUCUACCAUGGUUAACUGAUCUUCAUCUAUGUAUGGACAUGUCUCCUUUAUUUCUCAUGGCUGAAAUACCUGAGUUACAUAUCAUCUUCAAAUGAAAUGAAAACUUUCAAGCGAAUAGUUUUACCUACUGGGGAUUGUAAACUUUCCAACGAAUUUGAUACUUCUCUUUCGGCAUUUUCUUUCGC